CGGUGUCUUAUGACAUUUUACUUCCUUCCACACAGACCGACACGAACAAAUCGAGAAAGAAGACGUCGCUAACUUUAACCAGCCGCACUUUAAAGUCGCGUUAAGAGCCUCGUUAUCGUUUCAUUUCCGUCUUAAAAUGCGCGUAAUGUCGCGAGAGGUGUCCGAGAAUUGAGGUUAUCGCUGAAAACCCCGCGGAACGUAACGUGUAGGCCUCCCGAAGAAAGUUUGGUCGAGGGCCUGUAAACAACAUGUCCUCCGCCUCGCAGUCUUCCUCCAGACGGCAGUGGUGCUACCUCUGCGACCUGCCCAAGAUGCCCUGGGCCAUGCUGUGGGAGUUCAGCGAGGCAGUGUGCCGGGGAUGUGUCAACUACGACGGCGCGGACCGGAUAGAGCUCCUCAUCGAGACCGCCAGGCAGCUGAAGAGCACACACGGGGUUUUAGACGGCAGGUCCCCCGGUCCACCGCAGGGGAAACCCAGCUCUGCGGGGCCCAUUGAAGCAGGGCGGCAGCAUGCAGAGCGUAUAGAGAGGGGGAGGGGUGAGUAUGGGGUGUCUUCUCGCCUCCCCAAUGGGCUGCACAGAGCUGAAGAUGUGGCCCUGUCAGAGGGCAGCAGACAGAGCCCAAACACUCGGCGGGCUAUAGUGGGGGCAGUCCCAAGUCUUCACGGCACCAUAUCUCAUGCUUUGAUAGCUCAGGGGUUAGUAGCGGCCCCUCAUGGUCUGUUAGCCCCGUUGUCGGGCUCCAGGGCUGGGGCAACACCUAUUGCAGUCUCAGCUGGCCCCAUCAUGGGUGAGGCUGGCAGGAGACAGGCUGUGUCUCUAGGUGUGGGUGCUAGCACCUCAGCCCUGGUGGGUAUAGACCCUGCUGUGUGGAGGAACAAUGAGGUGAUGGCCGAGCUGAACGAGGUGGCUCGCAGCAGGGUCGAAGGCUGGCCAAGCCGUCCCAAAGCGGUCCGGGAUGUUCUCAUGGCGCUCAGCAGCUGCGUCCCCUUCAACGUGCGCUUCAGGAAAGACCACAACCUGGUGGGCCGGGUCCUGGCCUUCGAUGCCAGCAGCACCCCGGAGUUCGAACUGAAGGUGUUUGUGGAGUAUCCUGCCGGCUCCGGGAUGAUCUUCUCAGGAGUCCCGGACCUGGUCAGGCAGAUGUUCCGCGACUCGGCCAAAGACGCGGGUAAAGCGGUGAACUCUGGUCUUCGAUAUGUGGAGUACGAGAAGAGGCAGGGGACGGGAGACUGGCGCGGACUGUCUGAGCUGUUAAACGAUGGUGUCCGGAUGUUUAAAGAGCCCCCGAUCCCUGAGGUUCUCCCGCAGCCAGACGCAGGGAUGCCCAUGGCGGCUGCUGGACGCCCUGGACCUGCAAAGGGUACAACCCGACGCCGCAAACCUUCUCCGGGGUCAGAGAAUGGAGAGAGCGAAGGCCGGCCUGAUCACCCCGCCAGAGACCCGUGGCCCCGAGGCGCUUACUCAGGCAUGGAGCCUCUUCCCGGCAUGGCCGCCCCACAAGAGGGUCCGCCUCGUCUUCACAGCCAGCCCUCGCCCAUCUCUGCGCUGAUGGGUGUCGCGGACAGCCUGAGCUCCAGUCAGAUGGCCAGAGACAGCCCGAGCAUGUCUACAGCCCACUCCUCCUCAGCCGGACGUCCCACCAGCAGCAGCCCCUCCACCGCCUCCACCUCAGUCUCCCAGGCAGCCAUGGGGCAGAGUCUGAGCGCCGUGGGGCAGAGCAGUAACGCCGGCGCCGGGGAGUCCACGAGCGGCGGUCAGGGCACGCUGCUCUGCUGCACCCUCUGCAGAGAGCGCCUGGAGGACACACACUUUGUCCAGUGUCCGUCCGUCCCGCACCACAAGUUCUGCUUCCCCUGCACCCGAGGGUUCAUCCGCAGCCAGGGCCAGGGCGGGGAGGUGUACUGCCCCAGUGGAGAGCGCUGUCCCCUCUCUGGAUCCACCGUGCCUUGGGCCUUCAUGCAGGGAGAGAUCUCCACCAUCCUCGCCGGAGACGGAGACGUGACAGUUAAGAAGGAGAGCGACCCUUGACGUCUCCAUCCUCAUGUGGUGAAUGUGGAUCAAACACUUUGAAAGCACUUCCCUGUUAUCUCAGCAGAGGUCCACUUUGUCUGCAGCUCAUGAAGUGUGCCUCUGAGAGCAGAAAAAAACAAACUCUGAACCAGGAAGAGGAGGAGGACAGCUACACAAACACAGACAACUAAAGACACAACCAGACUCACUUUGAGCAAAGCUACACGUCGUCCGUCAGGACCGCUACGUCGCCACCGAAUGUUGGUCCUGACCAAGACUUCAAAGCCCGGGAUCCAAGCACACGCUUUGUUUUUAACAAUGACAAUCUACUUUGUCUUUCAUUUGUUUUUGUUUUUUUGUUUUCUUGGUUGCAUACAGAUGGAUGACGGCGAUAUGUUGAUAGAUGCAACUCUUCAAGAAAACAAAUGAAUGUUCAAAAAGUGGCAGAAACCAUCGGGUCCUUAACGCCAAGGAUGAAAAAUGUAACCCCACAUUAUGUCUCUUAGGUAAUCUCCUUCUAUUGUAUGUCAAAAAUGUGAAUUUACUUUCAAUAUGACUCUGUAAUUUCUAUUUUUGAUACAAUACAAAAUUUCUAUGUAUUUGUUUAUAGUGAUGAGAAGACCAAAGAUGGCUUCAUGCUCAAUGUAAUUUUAUUGUAUCGUAGCUGUGUAUGCUGUACUCACUGAUAACUUUGGCAUCAGUCACUAAUCUGUUCAUCUAUCACAGACGUACGCUUGUUUCUGUCCAUUUUCCUUUUUGAAUUCUAUGUAUGGUAAAGAUAAUUAGCACCACGAUCGUCAAUGGUUAACCCACAUACUCAUGUGAUCUGAACAGGUCAAAUCUACAAUAAAUGAUGUAAUAGUU